AGGUACAGCUCGGCUGCCAGCACUGCAUUUUCCGGUCGCUUAUCGACAGACGGUGGGCUGUUUCGUAGCAACGAUGGCAUCACGGAUCCGCUACUCAUUUUACAUUCGCUGGUCCCUCCGCUGUCCCUAUCCGCCCACACUACGUAUCCAUACCCACUGCCAUCACCGCUUGUUCUCCGUUUCUUCCCCGCCGCCACAAUCCUUGCUCAUCCCAGUGGUCUAUCCGUUUUCAGGACGCCACUUAAAUCUUGCUGCUCCUUAUAUACCCUGUGA